AUGUAUUUCAAGAAAAACCGGUGGUGUAGCGGCGUUUCCACCUGCCGCAGGCAGCGCGAAUCAGCUCGCUGGAGCCGGCUACGGUCUGUCACCAACCCGCGCCUCAGCCUCCGGCCGCGCGGCCGGAUAAGCGGCGCCGUGGAGCUGGAGCCCGAGGUGCUACUGCAGGAGGCCCGCGAGAACGUGGAGGCGGCGCAGAGCUACCGGCGGCGGGAGCUGGGCCAGCGGCUGCAGGGACUUCAGGAGGUGCAGAGGCAGAUUAAAGAGAGUGUGUCACAGACACGGAAUGUCCUCAAGCAGCAUUUCAGUGAUUUGAAAGAGACCCUUGGGAAGCUCCUGGAUGAGCGUCUGGCGACUCUUUUGCAAGAGGUAGACACCAUUGAGCAGGAGACCAUUAAACCACUUGAUGACUGUCAGAAGCUCAUAGAGCACGGAGUCAGCACUGCAGAAGAUUUAGUCCGAGAAGGUGAGAAUGCCAUUCUUGGUGGUGUAGAGGAACAGAAUGAGAAGCUGUGGAGCUUUACCAAAAAGGUUUCACACAUUCAAUUGCACAGCUUACCGGAAGUGCCUUUGCUGGUUGAUGUGCCUUGCUUAUCUGAGUUGGACGAUUCCAUUCUUAACAUAGUGAAAGACCACAUUUUUAAACAUGGGACAGUGGCGUCCCGUCCACCAGUACAGAUAGAAGAGCUGAUAGAGAAGCCUGGGGGCAUCAUCGUCCGAUGGUGUAAGGUGGAUGACGACUUUACAGCACAGGAUUACAGGCUUCAGUUCCUUAAAUGUACUUCAAAUCAUUUUGAAGAUGUAUAUGUAGGCUCUGAAACUGAAUUUAUAGUACUGCACAAAGACCCUAAUGUUGAUUAUCAGUUCAGAGUCUGUGCCCGAGGAGAUGGCCAGCAGGAGUGGAGUCCUUGGAGUGUCCCCCAGAUAGGUCAUUCCACAUUGGUGCCUCAUGAGUGGACAACUGGCUUUGAGGGGUACAGUCUGAGCAGUCGAAGAAAUAUAGCACUCCGGAAUGAUUCUGAAUCCUCAGGUGUUCUCUACUCCAGAGCGCCAACCUAUUUCUGUGGGCAGACAUUAACAUUCAGGGUUGAAACUGUGCGGCAGCCAGACCGCAGAGACAGCAUAGGAGUGUGCGCAGAGAGGCAGAGCGGGUGCGAGUCUCUGCAGCGGGACCAGGCAGUGUGCGUCAGCACCAAUGGUGCAGUUCUUGUAAAUGGAAAAGAAAUGACUAACCAGUUGCCUGCAGUUACUUCUGGAUCUACUGUCACAUUUGACAUCGAAACUGUGACUCUUGGAACGACCAGUAUUAAUGAAGGAGGAAACUUUAAGCUCCCAGUAACUAUUAGCUCAAGUAACAGAGAAGUGGUUUUUGAUUGGUUAUUUGAUCAGUCUUGUGACUCCCUUUACUUUGGGUGCUCGUUUUUCUAUCCUGGAUGGAAAGUGUUAGUAUUUUAGAGUUUGGGGUGCAUCACUUCGGUUUGAGAAGUUGGCUAUUGCUGUCCUUAGCCCAGUCUAGUUGUAACUGGUUAAAGGGAAGUUGAAUUCAUCUCUCAGGCCUCUGAAAAUGGAAGGUGUUUACUGGAUUCAUUUGUAAUACAGUAUUUUAACAAUAAGAGAAUUGAAUGGUAUGGACAAAACUGUACUUCUGUCAAUUUUGUUAUUAGCAUAUUGUUAAUUAAAAGAUCACAUUACAAG